ACUAGUCAAUUCACCGCUACCCCUGUAGCGGCCCUUCCGUCCUACUCUCCUAUUCACCAACACAUACGUACACACCGUUCACAUACCUCUGACAUGAUCAACGACAAUAAUACUUAUCGUAUUGACGUAUCGCUGUUAUAUGCGCGAUCACCGAGAGAAGAAGUUGAUAACAAGUUGAUGACAAAGUUGAAGACGGCGAUGAUGAUGACGAUGUUGAAUACGAUAACGACGACGACGAUAAUGAUGAUGAUGAUGAUGGCGAUGAUGAGAAGAACGAUGAUAUCGAUCACAACGACGACUACUAUGAUAUCGAUCACAACGACGAUAAUGAUAAUGACGACGACGGCGAUGAUGAUGAUGAUGAUGAUGAUGAUGAUGAUGGCGAUGAUGAGAAGAACGAUGAUAUCGAUCACAACGACGACUACCACGAUAAUGAUGACGACGACGACGACGACGACGAUGAUGAUGAUGAUGAUGAUGAUGAUGAUGAUGAUGAUGAUGAUGAUGGUGAUGACGACGAUAAUGAUGAUGAUGAUGAUGAUGAUGAUGAUGUUUACGACGACUAGAGCGAAGGAGAGAUGUUUUUUAUACUUAUUUUUUGCAAGAAAACGGUGGCGAAAUAAAGCUUUUUUAUGUAUUUUUACAUAA